AAUUAAACAUUUAAUUCUUCCCGCCCACCUCACAGAUCUCUCUCUCUCUCUCUCUAAGCUUUUUUAAUUUAAUCUCAUUUUCACUUUCUAACCUCUUGUAUCGAUCCAAUGGGGUUCUCUGAUUCACCGGAACCUAUUAAACGCGGCGAAAAGGAAGCGAAGAGCAAAGGGUCCUCCGACGAAGAGGUUGAUGAGAGUGGUUCCACCACAGCCAGUAGCAGCAAAGUUAUAAUAAGCUUAGAGGACGAAUCUGUAAUCGAUGUCUCCGGUCAAAGUCUGGACCUUUCUCUCCUCGACAACAACAACUCGGACGAUGGGUCCGUGAAAGGUCUCUACUUUUUCAGAAAUGUCUUCACUUUGAUCCCCAAAUCAAUCGGAGGGUUCGGGAGCUUGAAGAAGCUCAAGUUCUUCAGCAACGAGAUCGACCUUUUCCCGCCGGAGCUAGGGGGUUUAGUCGAUUUGGAGUAUCUCCAGGUGAAGAUAUCGUCGCCGAGCCUCGGCGAGGGCUUGUCGUGGGACAAGCUCAAGGCUUUGAAGGAGCUCGAGCUCACUAAAGUCCCCAAACGAUCCUCUGCUUUGACCCUUUUGAGCGAGAUCUCGGGGCUUAAGUCCUUGACGAGACUCUCUGUUUGUCACUUCUCCAUCAGAUAUCUUCCUGCGGAGAUCGGAUGUCUGACGAGUCUAGAGUACCUGGAUCUCUCCUUUAACAAGAUCAAGAGUUUGCCUAACGAGAUAAGUUAUCUGAGUUCGUUGGUGUCCUUGAAGGUUGCUCACAACAGGCUGAUUGAGCUACCAUCGGUUUUAGCUUUAUUACAAAACUUAGAAAGCCUGGACGUAUCAAACAACCGUUUAACAACACUUGAUCCUCUCGAUCUAAGCUUAAUGCCUGGACUUCAGAUUUUAAAUUUACAGUUCAAUAAGCUGCCGUGUUAUUGCUGUAUUCCCGCAUGGAUACAGUGUAAUUUGGGAGGAAACUAUGAAGAGAUGGGAGUUGAUACUAUGAGUGAAAUGGAUGUUUAUGAAACCCCUUAUGAAAACUACACCAUAACUCUUCCUCAUAAAGGCUUCCACCGUAACCCAUUAAUUAUGUCAAAUGGGGUCUCUUCCAUCAGUAGAUGCUUCUCGGCUCGCAAAUCAAGCAAGAGGUGGAAGCGGAGACAGCAUUACUACCAGCAAAGGGCAAGGCAGGAGCGCUUGAACAACAGCAGGAAGUGGAAAAGUGAAGUCUCUCCGGAGGAAUUAAAUUUGAAGAUGUAUGUAGUAGAAGAAACUGGGAAACAGGGAAUGGUUGAUAGCAUCUGCUUGGAUGAUAAUUAUAAACUGUCAGAAGAGUCUGAAAUAGUAGAAUCCGUCGUCACUUCUGAAGAGCAAGAGAGCAGUUUGAAAUCUGAUUUAGUUUCUGACAAUUCCCAAUUAAAGAGUGAAAGAGAUAACAAGGAGUGCUGUGAGGUCAAGGCAUCUUCUUCUCCCUCUUUAGACUAUAAUUCUUCUUCAGAGAGAAAGAAGCCAAAUCACAAGCCAAAGUCAAAGAGAUGCUAUGAUGAGGAUCUAGAUAACCCAAAAGCUUCUAAAUGCCACAGGCCGUCUACUGAUACUGCUAAUCUAUCGUACAAAUACAGCAGCAGCUCAUUUUGUAGCACAGAAGAUUCUCUUCCUGAUGGAUUUUUCGAUGCUGGGCGUGAUAGGCCCUUUAUGCCUCUUAGUAGGUAUGAGAAGAUUUUGCCGCUUGAUUCACGUGAAGUCAUACUCUUGGACAGGGCAAAGGAUGAAGAAUUGGAUGCAAUCACUUCCUCUGCUCGAGCCCUUGUUUCUAGAUUGAAGAAACUGAACCGUUUAACUGCGGAUGUAGACAACUUUCAAGUUGCAUCAUACCUCGCCCUUUUUGUGUCGGAUCACUUUGGUGGAAGCGACAGAGCUUCUGUUGUUCAAACAACCCGGAAGGCAGUGUCUGGCUCAAACUACCAGAAACCGUUUAUCUGCACCUGCUUGGCUGGGAAUCAAGACGACUUGGCUGCUCUUAACAAACAGGUUUCAGGGGGGACUGCUCAAGAUGUCAGUUUGUCCGAUGUGUGUGAAACAUCAUUACGUUCUAUCAAGUCCAAGCGGAACUCUAUAGUGAUUCCUCUAGGGAAACUGCAGUUUGGCAUCUGUAGGCACAGGGCCUUGCUCAUGAAGUUCCUUUGUGACCGUAUGGAACCUCCGGUGCCUUGUGAGCUUGUCAGAGGCUAUCUAGACUUCAUGCCGCAUGCCUGGAACGUUGUUCAUGUAAAGAGAGGUGACUCUUGGGUUCGUAUGGUUGUUGAUGCUUGCCGUCCUCAUGACAUCAGAGAAUAUACAGAUCAAGAAUAUUUCUGCCGGUACAUUCCUCUUAACCGGCUUAGCGAAUCCAUUUGCGCAAGAGCAGGACUGGAACCAGGGAGUUCGUUUUCUUCCCUGUCAACGGGUGAAGGAGUAGAGAGAGCUAAUAGUAGUCUUAUCCGAUGCAAGCUGGGCUCCUCUUCAGCAGCUUUGAAGAUGCGUACAUUAGAGGUCUCCGGAGCUUCGGUAGAUGACAUUAGGACGUUCGAGUAUACAUGCUUAGGAGAAGUGAGGAUUCUAGGAGCAUUGAAACAUGACUGCAUCGUGGAGUUAUACGGACACGAGAUAUCUUCCAAGUGGAUAACUUCUGAAAAUGGAAACGAACAUCGACGCAUAUUGCAAUCUUCUAUUCUCAUGGAAUACAUUGAAGGAGGAUCUCUAAAGGGUCACAUUGAGAAGCUUUCUGAAGAUGGUAAACAUCAUGUACCAAUGGAUCUAGCCUUGUCUAUCGCAAGAGAUAUCUCAGGAGCUUUAAUGGAGCUUCAUUCCAAGGAUAUAAUCCACCGUGACAUAAAAAGCGAAAACGUUCUGAUCGAUCUUGACAACCAAAAAGCAAACGGAGAAGAACCUAUUGUGAAGCUCUGUGAUUUCGAUAGAGCUGUUCCUCUUAGGUCUCACUUGCACGGUUGCUGCAUUGCUCACGUCGGAAUCCCGCCUGCUAACGUCUGCGUCGGUACGCCGCGGUGGAUGUCCCCUGAGGUCUUCAGAGCAAUGCACGAACAGAACUUCUAUGGGCUUGAAGUGGAUAUAUGGUCAUUCGGGUGCCUAAUCUUCGAGCUACUGACACUACAAAUCCCAUAUUUCGAGUUAUCCGAGCUUCAGAUUCAUGAAUCUCUACAGAAGGGCAAAAGGCCAAAAUUACCGGAGGAGCUAGAGACAUUGAUCUCUGAAACAGAGGAAGAUGACGAAUCAGCCAAAAAGCUGCGUGAAGAGUAUGACUUAGCCGAAUCUGACUUGGACACAAUGAGGUUUCUUAUCGACGUGUUUCGCCUUUGCACGGAGGAGUCUCCUUUAGACCGUUUAAACGCUGGAGACCUCCAUGAAAUGAUUCUUUCAUGGACAAAAAGCAAGUCUCCUACAGGUACUACUUCCACUUCUUGAAAACAAGCUCAAGCCUUUGAAGCUUGAAAGAGAGAAGAUAGUCUUUGUAAGUUGUGGUUUCGUUAGGCUUUAGGGAUUAUUUAUGAGACAAAGAUUUGGUCUCAUAUAGAGGGUCUAAGGGCUCGUAAGCUUAUGGGAAUCAGAGAACUAAUAGAUCGUUAAAUUAUUUCUCGUAACUUGUUUGUUUCUUCAUCUUGUAACCUUCAGUGUAUCAUGUAGACACCAUUGUAUCAUUCUUUCAGGUUUUUAUUUAAACAAAGAGCAUAUGAACCAAAACAGAAUUGAUGCGACAACAUUUAAAUGUCCUUUUGUAAGAUAA